UCAAAUCAAAAUACACAACACAACAACAAAAAUCACCGGCAGCAGCGGUCGGUGUUAUCAACAUUAUUUAAAAGCACUUUUGCUUAUCAUUAAGCUGCUGCGUAUGCCUAUCUCGCAGCUCAAAAAUAACCAUGAAUGUGCUAAAAAGCUAUUGUAGUGGAAGAGUUUUAAAUAGAAACACACUAACGACGCUUCUUUCCCGGCGGUGUACAACUGCAGCGCACGAACCGGGAAAAGAAAGAAUGGCAAACCCAACCGAAGACGCUAUCGUCGUAGAGAAGGAAAACAACAUCACACUGAUCGGUAUCAACCGUCCGAAGCUCCGAAAUGCUAUCGAUUCGCUGACGGGCAAGCAGCUAUCGGCCGCUAUCGCCGACUUUGAAAACGAUCCAAAGGCGGAUGUGGGUGUGCUGCACGGUAUCGGUGGAAGCUUCUGUUCCGGGUACGAUCUAGGCGAGCUGGCCGGCCAGCAGGACCCACGGCAGGCACAAUCCAUUGUCCACAAUCCGGAAGGUGUCAUGGGUCCAACGAGACGAAUGAUACGGAAACCGCUGGUUUGUGCCAUCAGCGGGUACUGCGUGGCCGGUGGACUGGAGCUAGCGCUAAUGUGCGAUUUGCGCGUAAUGGAGGAGAAUGCCGUACUUGGGUUCUUCAAUCGACGGUUCGGAGUGCCACUGAUCGAUGGCGGUACGGUUCGGCUGCCUGCUCUGAUCGGGCUUUCCCGAGCGUUAGAUUUGAUUCUUACCGGUCGGACGGUGUCCGCCAAAGAAGCGCUCGAAAUCGGGCUCGUCAAUCGGGUAGUGGCCGUCGGGGCAGGACUCGGACAGGCUUACAAUCUAGCGAUGAGCAUUGCCAAGUACCCGCAGCUCUGCAUCCGUCACGAUCGGGAUGCGGCGUAUUAUGGCGCUUUUUCGGCACAAUCGUUCGAGCAAGCGCUGGAGCGUGAAGCAGCGGAUGUUUCCGUCGAGCUGCUGCAGGAGGCGAAAGCAGGAGCGGACAAAUUUCGGCAAGGAAUCGGCCGGGGUGGAAGCUUCAGCGGCAUCAAGGAGCGUAAGCUAGCCGACUGGGAACGGGCAGAGAUGAAGCAUGAGUCGAAGCUAUAGCGACCGGCAUAAGUAGGCUGUGCAAAUGUGCUAGUGUAAAUGCGUUAAGAUAAAAAGGUUUUUCCGAAGCUACUAUAAAAUUUGUAUUAUAUGUCCCCAUCACCUUAAAAUAGAUAAAAACAGGCAAAAAUUAAUUAAAUUACGCUAAACGCGAUGUAAGAGAAGAACAUAAGAAAGUUAUUAGCGGAAGAAAAAAGGAACAAGAAAAAAAGUUCCUCUCCCCGACGGGGAAUCGAACCCCGGUCUCCCGCGUGACAGGCGGGGAUACUGACCACUAUACUAUCGAGGACAUGUGAGAGGGAGAGCUUUAUUUUGCCUCUGGUUGCGCUAACGAGACAAAUUUUGUUUGAAAUGUAAUAUGUUUAACUAAUUUAUACUGUUUGUUAGAGAUUUCACAACUGUUUAUUAGAAAGAAGUCACAGUAAUUAAAAUUAAACAUUGUCAUCAAGAGCAAAGGAAAACAGUCCACCGGCGAGACAACGAAUUUAUCUAACAAGUGGUUUACUAAAAGUUCUGUUCCGUGUUGCGUUUCGAAUUUCCCGUACAUGCAUACAUGCAUACGCAUCAAGUACAAUAUGAUGGAAGAAACAUUGACCAACACACACACACACACAACAUUCACACCACUUUCUUCCUUCAUCUGUGGUUGAGAAGAAGGGACAAUCGUUUUCUUUCUUUGCAGCGAAAAACUGUGGAUAAAGCUUACAUCGCUUACACCAAGAAGGAGGACACUGGAGCUGCUACUCUAAACGGUGCGGCCCGCGAGGCUUAAGAUUAGAUGUGAAAUCGAAGGAAAGGAAAAAUCCUUUAUAAACUAUACUCUAAAUAGUAUUAUAGACUUUUUGAAACCUUCCCGAACGUAAGGAAGAGACAAACGUAUUUGCUUUGAAAAAGAACAGACAGAGAAGCAAACAAAACAAAAAUACUCGACUGGCACAGUUCCAUCCGUCCGUUACACUUUCCUUUUUCUGGUUGUGAUUCUAUUCUAAAUAUAUUUAAGUACAGUAGUCCUACCACAACUGACUCCUACCCACAGGCCACUAAAUAUUAAGCUCCGUGUAGUCCCGGAGCGUAAGGACACGAGUUGUUGAUUUUCAUACAUAUGUGUGUGUGUGUAUAUAGGUUGUACGACGAUUAGAAGAAGGGUGUGAUUGAGUCGAGACGACGAAACAAACAAAAGGAAAAUCAACGUCUUCCCCCACCCCCCACCCCCCGCCGAUUGGAGUCUCGUUGGAAAUCGGUACUAGAUUUUUAUUAUCCAACGAGCUUCCACACACACACACAGACAGUUCUUUCCCUCGCUUUCUCCCGCGCGUUUCAAGUGCGUUAUGAUUAGAGUUCGAUAGUUCGCUCUUUGUAUUAUCGAGAUUAAAAUGUGAUCCCCCGAACACCCCCCCCCCCACUCUUUUUCUUCUCAUUAUCUCUAUGUUCUAUGUUGUGCAGUAUUUUUCAAUGUGUGUGUGUGUGUGUGUGUGGGUUUGUAUAUGUUACGAAGAAUUUUCUCUUUUUCCUCCUUUGUUUUACUAUCAAUUAGCUUUUUAAAAAAUUUGGGAUUAUUUGUGUUCUGCUUUAUCUUCUAUCCACGUUUUCGCUGCUAGUGUGUGUCUGCGUGUGUGUGUGUUUAACAUUUAUAUCUUUUUGUUGUUUAAUUUUUACAUUUGUUUUAAUAAAAUAUUCUUCAUCCCACCUUCAUCCUCAUCCCUCCCAUCCCCACCACAAUCACUUUCUCUUGCUUUUCGUUUCGUUGGCAAUGCAUUCUUAUCAUUCUCUCUCGCUCGCUCUUUCUCCUUUUUUCUCUCCUCCAUUUUUUUAGGUUGGUUCACAAGGAGUAACAGGGUUGGGGUAGGAUUAAUUAGAAUGUGCUUUCCACUCCUUUCACCAUCAUCCCCCAACAGAGCAGUUCCAUAAGAAGUUCAAAACCUCUGCUACAGUCCGUUGUUCAAUUCACUUUACGAAAGCGAAGAGAACAGCAUUUCCACAUUCUUUCAUUUCGUCGGAACCGGCUCGCGCGCGCGCGCCACAGAGGAUUAUCAUCAUUUCGGAAAAUCGCCUCACCAAAAAACAACAACAUGCGAAGAAGAAGCACAACAAAAGGGGGUAAUUGUUUUUAGAAGUAAACAUGCACACACACACACACACUGUUGCGGCCACACUUCCUGAGUAUCUCUCCCUGGCCUUAGUAGUGGUGUCCAGCCGGAACCGGAAUUCAAACAGCAUGCGUGUGGGGGAUGUGGUGCGGUGCACCUAUAUUAUCUCUCUCUCCCUCAUCCUCCUCCUCCUCGUUCUAUUCGUGUUUUCAGUUCACAUUUUAUUUUCACCCUACCACACACACACGGUCACACACGGACACUCACAGAACACACAUUAGUAGACAGCUCAACCGUCCUUCUUUUCAUCAAUUCCGGGAGGCCCAGAGAUGAAACUCCUUUUGCGUUUGUGUGCGCGCGUGAAACUUCUGCAGGUGUGUGUGUGUGUGUGUGCGGUGACCCCUCGCAGAGGGAGGAGUGUUAAACAAUAAAUUACUAACUUAAAGCUACGCAAAAGCCCGUCCGUGCCCCGUCGUCACACGGUUCCGAAAUUUGCGCCCAAUUCCCAACCCCGCGCCCUCCUCCCCCCCCCCCAAGACGGUGUGUGUCGUGACUACAAACUAUUUAACCAAAAAAAAAGUUUCCCACCCCCCCACGAGGACGACGACGACGUCGACGAUGAGCGCCUCUCUCCUAUAUGCUAUACUGGAAAAAAUUCACUAGUUUCCGGGGUUUGAACCGUGUGUGUGUGUGUGUGUGUGGCAGAAAAGUUAGUCUGAAGAAGUACAGAAAGAAGGUAGGGAAAAACGAACAUCUUUCUAAGCUGCUGCUUAACUUGCCUCCUAUCACAAAAUGUCCUCGUUGGCGCACGGGCGUUUUCGAAGGGGGAUGAUGUUAGUCUCUCUACUCUACUCUACUCGCUUCCUCUCACACACAGCGGACCGGGCUCGAGAUGCCGGAUGGGAUAGCCAAUCGUACUCCAAAAGCCACGUUCAGACGAUGGUACGCAUUUGGUCCUGCGUAACGCGACAACUCGCUUUCUUUAUACCCAGAAGGUGAAGUGUCCCUCCGCUACUAGCUAGUGUGUUGCUGCUUUUCCCUUUCUUUUGCCUCCUAAUUAAUCAAUAGUGGGGAUGAUUUGCUUGUUUUUCAAA